AGUCGUGGCUGAUUGACGACGUUAUCAACAUGCAGCUGGCUAUCUUCCAGGAUAGAACAGCGGCGUCUGAAAUGGCAGACGUUGCAACUGCUGCUGAAAAGAAGGCCCCCCCUAAAUUCAAGCAGAGGACUACCCGUACCUUCAAGAGCAAGGCCCCCAAGCCUGGCCAGAAGGGAUUCGGUGACGACAUCCCCGGCAUGGAGGGUCUCGGCACAGACAUCACAGUGGUCUGCCCAUGGGAAGCUUUCGGUGACAUGGAACUCAGUGACCUGGCGAAAUAUGGAAUUGUUUAGACGCCCUACCCCUCCUUCCCUCCCCUCGACCACCCCCUCUACUUCUCUUUCCUUCACUCCCCCUCUCCUCCUCCUUUCUGGACCCUGAGGUCAGGGAGUCCAGUACUGAUUCUUGUUGUUUUGUUAUGCCAUCUUGUACAAGGCGCUUCCACUUUCACAUCAGCUCGUUGUUUAAGAGCCGGGCGUACUCGGGUGCACUACCGACCCUGAGAGCCGGGCAUACUCGGGUGCACUACCGACCCUGAGAGCCGGGCGUACUCGGGUGCACCACCGACCCUGAGAGAAUUGGUGAAGUCGCACAAACACACAGUGAUACUUGGGAAAUAUGCACACACCAGCUUUAAACUGAAGACACAUAAUACCAAACCUCAUCCUGCCACUGUCCUCCUAUAGAAAUCUCACGUAAACGACCAGCUAAGCAAUGUCCUAACAACUGAAGUCAAAUGGCACUCAAGUUAUAUGAAUAAGACAUGUAAUGUAUAAUAGUGAUGUGCAUUCGCUUUCUGCGGUCUGGUAGGUAAAUAAAUGGUCAUGUCAGUGAAGCUUACUUCGACACUACUACUACAGUUUCACUGGUGCACUUCCUGAGAGAGAAGCUGGACUACAUUUACAAUGUUAUUAAAGAGGGUUUGAUUAAGCGUUGUUCAUAUCUCAACCAUAGUUGGUUUCCUCCCGCCUGACUUUUUUCUCAACCUGCACCCGCUCUCCUUGAAAGCACGUUUUAUAUACAGAAAUAUAUAUUUAUGUACAAAAUAAAAAUCAAUCCAUUUUUUUUUUUACAAUGAAUGUCAAAUGUCUGUGUAAUUUGACUGUUCAACCCUCUUGAAUUAUAUGAAGAAUAACCAAUUGAAAAACAGCUACUUCUCCUGGUACUUUGGCAAUACUUCAUCAGAAGCAAUCAACUAAAAUUUAAAUUUCUUAUCUUGGAUCCUCAAUAACACAAAAUACAACCACCAGCGACUCAAACACACAUUAUUAAAACACAGGACAACAUAGGAAAUUGCUCAGUCCCCUUCUGUACUCCCUUGUUCACUCAUGACUGCAUGGCCAGGCACGACUCCAACAUCACCAUUAAGUUUGCCAAUG